CCCGAAGUACCGAAACUGAGAUGAGCUUGCAAUAAUUUGGACGGCAAUCAACGAAACAGUGGCCGCACAAAAGUCCGUAGGAAUCGUGUAAAAUCGUUUCAUUUUGUUGAACUGCUGUGGUCAACUUCAGCAAAAUGACCAACUCUUCCAAGAUGGAAGUGGAUACCCAGAAGGGGGAAGGUUUCCGGUCGUACUACAUCCAAAAGAUCGAGGAGCUGCAGUUGAUUGUAGCCGAGAAGAACCAGAACCUACGCCGUCUGCAGGCCCAACGCAAUGAGCUGAAUGCCAAGGUCCGUAUGCUGCGGGAGGAGUUGCAGCUGCUUCAGGAACAGGGUAGCUACGUGGGAGAGGUGGUGAAGCCCAUGGACAAAAAGAAGGUCCUGGUCAAGGUGCAUCCGGAGGGUAAGUUUGUGGUUGACAUCGAUAAGAACAUUGAUAUCAAUGAUGUGACUCCGAACUGUCGAGUUGCGCUGCGGAAUGAAAGCUACACGCUACACAAGAUCCUGCCGAACAAGGUCGAUCCACUGGUGUCGCUGAUGAUGGUGGAGAAGGUUCCGGAUUCGACUUACGAGAUGGUCGGUGGGUUGGAUAAGCAAAUUAAGGAGAUCAAGGAGGUGAUUGAGCUGCCGGUGAAGCAUCCGGAACUGUUUGAUGCGUUGGGUAUUGCUCAGCCGAAAGGAGUGCUGCUGUAUGGACCGCCCGGAACCGGGAAGACACUGCUAGCUAGGGCUGUGGCGCAUCAUACCGAGUGUACGUUCAUUCGCGUUUCUGGAUCGGAGCUGGUGCAGAAGUUUAUCGGUGAAGGAUCUCGAAUGGUGCGGGAGCUGUUUGUGAUGGCGAGAGAGCACGCUCCAUCUAUCAUCUUCAUGGACGAAAUCGAUUCCAUCGGGUCGUCCCGUAUCGAGAGCGGCAGCGGAGGUGAUUCUGAAGUGCAGCGUACGAUGUUGGAACUACUGAAUCAGCUGGACGGUUUCGAAGCAACCAAGAACAUCAAGGUCAUCAUGGCUACCAAUCGUAUUGACAUCCUGGAUCCGGCUCUACUGCGUCCCGGUCGUAUCGAUCGUAAGAUUGAAUUUCCACCACCAAACGAGGAAGCUCGGUUGGACAUUCUGAAGAUUCACUCGCGAAAGAUGAACCUGACGCGUGGUAUCAACCUGCGCAAGAUUGCCGAACUGAUGCCGGGUGCUUCCGGAGCAGAGGUGAAGGGCGUCUGUACCGAGGCGGGAAUGUACGCUCUGCGGGAACGUCGCGUCCACGUCACUCAGGAGGACUUCGAGAUGGCCGUCGCCAAGGUGAUGCAGAAGGACUCCGAGAAGAAUAUGUCGAUCAAGAAGCUCUGGAAGUAGGUCGUCCUUCGAUGAACUUUAAUUAGAGAAUAUGUGUAAGCAACCAUUUUUUUUCGAGACUAUCUAUAAUACUGCUUAAACUUACUAAUAAACUGUGAAAA